AUGAACGCGGACGGCUACGAACCGCCUCUGCAGCCUUCAUGGCAGCAGAGGCAGCAGUUACUGCAGCAACAGCAGCUGCAUCAACGAACAGUACAGCAACAACAGGAUUACGGCAAGCCUUCACAGGCCGUUGCCGUGGAAGGGAUACAAGGGAACCAACAGCAACCACAGAGGUGGCAGCAGCAGGCGCAGCAACAGCAGUAUGUGUCCUACCCCGUUAUUAACAACCCAACGCAGCAACAUACUCUUCAACGACAACCUGGGAUGAUGGAGCACUCUCAGCAACAGAUGGAGUGGCCGCAGAACGAGUUGCAACAGGUGCAACACGCACGUCCGUGGCAGCAGCAGCAUCCACAGAUGCAUCAGUCGAGCGAACAGCAGCAGGCGCAGCAGCAUACACAGCAGUUACAACGUCAGCAGCAGGCAACGGCGCAACAGAUGUUCUCCCAUCCUCAAGAGACGCAGCAGCUGCAGCUGCAACCCCAACAGCCGCCGCCGCGGCUGCAGCCUUCUCAGCUGCAGCAGAAAGAGCCACGGCCGCAGCUUUCUCAGCAGCAGCAGCAACCACAGCCGCAGCAGCCACAAAUGCAGCAACAGGCACAGUUUCAACAGCGGCCACAGCUACAGCAACAGCCCCAGCUGCAGCCGCAACCCACGACGUCGCAGCCACAGCUGCAGGAACAAUCACAGCAGCCGCCGCAGCCCAAGCCAUUGCAGCCACAGCUGCAGCAGCAGCCACAACUGCAGCAGCUGCCCAAGCCGUUGGAGCCACUGUUACAGCAGCAGCCACAGCUGCAGCAACCACCACAACUGCAACAGCAGCCACAGCCAUCGCAGCAGCCACACCCGCACCAGGAACAACUGCAGCAGCUAACAUUGCCGAAGCAGCAAAAGCUGCAGCAGCAGCCACAUCUGCAGCAGCAACCAGCGGUGCAGCAACCUGGGCUGCAACAACAGCCACAGCUGCAGCCACAGCAGCAGCAACAACAGCCGCAGCUGCCACAACCGCUGCAACAGCAGGCGGCAGCGCCUCAACAACCUCAUCAGCUGAUGCAGCAGCAGAGUAGCGUCCAAUCGCAGUAUUUGUCGCAUGAUCAUACCAACGCAACAGCAGAGCCUGAGCCCUCAGUGACCUCUGUCACACCUGCGGGCGGGAUCCGUGCGCUAAAUGGUUUUUCUGCUGUUUCUUCGUCUGCUGCUCAUGGCAUUGGCAAUAAGGUUGGUGCGUGGGGCGAUCCCCGUUCAACUGGGCAGCCGAUGAGGUCUAGCCAUGCUGCAGGAGAUGCAUCGGCAAGCGACGUUGCCUUUGCGACGCAGCAACUACCACAACAGCAGCCGCAGCAGCAGAAGGGUCAACGUCAGCAGAUGCCGCUGCAACCACAGCAGCAACAACUUUUUUAUUCAACCCCGGAGCAUCAUCCAGCAGCAGUGCAGCAACAGUCAAUUCCGCACCUUCCCGCGCAGGAUGCACAAGGGCACACACUCUUCCAACCCCAUCAGCAGCUUUAUCAACCACAACAACAGUUUCCACCACAACAGCCUCCACAGCAGCAACCGUUGCUCCCUCAGCAGCAGACGCAACACCAGCAGGUGCUACAGCAACAACAGCAACAGGCGGCGGAACCAGCCCCAUUUCGGCAGGCGCAGCAGAUGGGGCAGCCGCCUGUUGACCAGGGUUGUGAUCCGGUGCAACAGCAGCAACAGCAGCAGCAGUUGCAACAGCAACAGCAACAGCAACCACAGCUACAACAGCAGCUACAGCAGACACAGCUACAACAGCAGCAGCUGAAACAGCAGCAGUUGCAGCAGCCUCAACUACAACAGUGGCAGCAGCAGCAAUACAAUGCGCCCCACAAGAACGUCUCCCAACCACUCCAGCAGGAGCGGCGGGCACCUUCUCUUAUGGGUGUAGGCACGGGAUCGUUUCCUCCUAGCGCAGAGCCUAAUGGCGUCAAAAGCUCUUCGGAUAGAGGUGAACAUGGACAGAAGCGGCAGCAGCAGGAGCAACAUGACAGUGUCCCGGAAGACAUGCCGCCGCUGCAACCUCUCGCGCGCCCCAUCAACAACCGAAUCGACCCCGCCCAUAUUCCUCGCCCUGAGUGGAAUGAACAAAUAACGAAUAUAUACGGAAAGAGGAUCGAGACAGACAAGGCAGGGGCUACUCCCCCGUCGCCUGCCGGAUUUUACACGGCAUUCGACAAGGGCUGCUGCAGCUGCAGGUUCAUGCGCUCUACCAUUAACCAGGUUCCGGCGUUCAGUCACAGUCUUGAACUCUCUCGGCUGCCGUUCGCCAUUGUCGUUACCCCCUUUGCUGCACAGCCCCCAACUGAAGAAGCAGUGCCUUUGGUGGACUUGCGGCUCAGCCGGAGACAGGCGGAGCAGCCCUAUUCGUAUGCCGGCUCAGCGGCAACAGCAACACCUGAUCAAGACUCCACUGUGCGAACAGACUUCUAUGGGGGUUAUUUCGACGUAGAAGAGUCAGAUACAGAGGACGAGAGAGAUACGGGAACUGGCAGCAGCAGCAGGAAUGCCGCUUCUGCCGGUAGCAGCUGGAACAGGGGCAGCUCCAGAGCAGCAGCCAGCGGCGAGGGGAUUGUUAGGUGCACCAACUGCAUGGCUUAUCUAAGUCCAUUUAUGUCGUGGGCCAGCAAUAGCACGCAUUGCUUGUGUAACCUCUGUGGCUCCUCAUUCGAGCUGCCCCCCUUCUACCUGACGCUGUUAGAUCGAUACCGCAGCGGCCUGCGCGCCAGCAGCAGCGGUAUGGGGGCAGCUUCUUCUGAGGGGGAGAGGUACUUUAGACAGCGUAGACAGGAACUGUGGAAAGGGUCCAUCGAUUUCGUGGCCCCCAGGGCCUUUGCGGACGCUUCCAAACUAACCCAGCUGCAGCACAAGAGGGAGCGUAUGCUCAGGCAACUGCAAGUGCAAAGGGAGGCCACCAAGCAGCAUCAGCUUACCCAACAGCAGCUGCAUCGAGCAGAUCAGCAGGGGCUGCAGCAGGAAAUUGACGAAAACUGCGUGAAGCAGCUGCACGCGCAGAAGAGCAAGUGGGGGGGAGCCCAGGCUGGGGUUUCGGCUGGUGUGGACUCUGACAGCCAGUGUGGCGAUCCCCUUCCCCGCUUGUGUGGCAAUAGCAACGACAGCAGCCUGCGGCCGUGUAUCGUCUUUGUAGUUGACGCCACAGCCCCGAGUCUCACGUCGGGUCUAUCACAUUCUGUUGCUGCGGGGCUGGAACAAGUACUCCGUGAGGUGUACCUCGAGGUGGAUAUAUGCCUAAUUCUCGUUUCUGACAGGCUGUAUUUCAUUCCAAACACCAACAGGACCGGACCACAGCACCUGCAGCAGGGUUUGCAGCUUUUGGUUGUGGACGACGUUUCGGAUCCAUAUUUACCUGCUCCAGUAGAACACUGCUUUUUUCGGCCCCAGGACAGAGACGGAUUACUCUGGGCAGUGUCGCUGCUCCCAGCAGCCUUAAACAGCUGCGUCAACAUAUCGCAUACCUCUGCAGCUAAUGCUGCUCUAAAGGUAGCGGUCGAUUUAAUAGCUGAGAGAUCCGCGGGUGGGAUGGUGGAGAUGUUUUACUGUACCUUGCCAGACGUCGGUGUAGGGGCGCUCAAGCACUCUGCAAAGGCAUCACAAGGGCCAACAAAAGCCACCGAAAUCCACCAACAAGAUUUCUACAACUCCAUUAUAACACAAUGCUUUGCAGCUUGUGUAUGCGUGGACGUAUACGCGUGUCCUCCGCCCAACUUAAUCCUGGAGCUCCAAUCCCUAGGUUUUCCCGCACAACAAACAGGAGGAGACAUUCGCUUUGUGCCAGAAUUCUGUGGCUCAAGAGACAAGGAGUGGGUGGCCGCCGAGAUAAGGCGUAUCUUCACCUCUUGUUUCUACUUCGAUGUCGAAUUUAAGCUGCGUCUUUCGAAGGUCCGUUUUGCCUGCCCUGCAGCGGCGUCUGCUAAUUUAGCCCCUUCUCUCGGUGGUUUGGCUGUGGACAGAAUCUUGGUCUCCUUUUCUGGGGCCAGGUCGUUGGUGGACCAAAGCACUUUCCGGCUUCCUCGCCUCAGCUCACAGUCGACUCUGUUGUUUCAGUUGAAGCACACGGAACAGUUGGAGACGCAGAAGAACGUUUAUGCUCAAAGUGUAUGUGCCUACAUCCCGAUGCAUCCUUCUAAGAAAGUACCGAACCGGCGUCUUCUGAGGGUGCAUUCUUUGUCAUUGCCCAUAACAUUUUCUCUCGCUUCUCUGUUCCGCUAUGCAGAGGUGAGUGCCCCUGAGUCAAGAUAUGAGAUCAUUGCGAAAGCAGUGCACGUAGAUCAUGGUAGCCCAUGCCUUUCUGUUGUUGCAACGCAGUGUGCAAGCGCAUCAUCCGAGGGCCAGCUUAUCCUUCCAGACUCUCUGAAGCUCCUUCCAGCUUUCCGCCAGUCGACAGUGGACCCCCAGGUCCGGUUGUUUCAGUUGUUGCAGUUCCUGCGGAUGUCAAUUACGGAGUUUUCAACUCAUCUCUAUCCCCGUCUCUGCCUCUUGCACAAGUCCUACCUGCAGCCGCCGGGAGGCAAAGAACGCAAGGCACUUGAUCGGGUAGGGGAGUACAGUGGUGUCGAAAAUUUCGUAUGGAUGCCGCAGUCGCUUCCGGCCAGUGGCACAAACAUCCUAAGUGACGGAGUUUAUCUGUGCGAAGCUGGAUCGUACAUGUUGUUGUACAUAGGCCAGCACGUCCGGAGAGAGUAUAUAAUAGACCUUUUUGGAUUUGAUGCGCAACUUGACGAGCGGUCAACGACGGAACUACGACUUCAGAAUACUGAAGGAACCGCGGGAGAGAGAAUCCUUCGCGUCGUAGAGCAAGUUCGUUUCGAAAAGUUUGACACGCCUUACAUCCCCUUGCGGAUUGUCGCACCAAAGUCUUAUGACGAAACUCGCCUGUUGACGCACCUCAUCGAAGAUCCACUGAGCGGAGAUGGGAGCUACGUGGAUUUUCUGUGCGACCUCCACAAACGAGUUCACGCCAGGAUGGAAGACAAUUGA